GGACCCCGCAACAUUGGCCAAUAGGCUACCCGUAAUUCCUCGCCGCCGCCAAAAAUGGGUAGCCAACGUACGAUGCCGGCUCUGGCUAAUCCGAGGACUUGGCACUACUCGUCUAGCAAAUUUGAAGUUUUCGUGAUUUGGUCUAUAUAAGCCUAUCUUGUUUGUUUAGUCUUCUUUCAACCAUCUGUCGUGACUUCUCUUGAGCACCUCCCAGUAUCAAGUCACUCUAGUUGUCGUCCAAAAUGGCCAAUUAUACUUCUACGUUCCACCCGUACUAUCCCCUCGGCGUCGCCAUUCCAGACUACAAGGCCAACACCAUUUCGACGCUGGAAAUCUUUGCUAUUUUCGCCACCGCUUGUUCCGGAGCCUUGCUGCUAGCAUUGUUCCUCAUCCGGACCGUGCGGCCACAAAUAUCUACCGGCGAAUUGUCCAGAGCGUUAUGGUUUAUGCUAUGUGGAAGCAUUCAUCUAGUCCUUGAAGGUCACUUUGCUCUCAACCACGUCGCCGGCAGCAGCGCCGUUCUCUCCCAGCUGUGGAAGGAAUACUCCCUUUCCGACUCGCGCUACCUGACCCGGGACGCCUUCACGGUCUGCAUGGAGACCAUCACAGCCUUCGCCUGGGGACCACUCUCGUUCCUCCUGGUCUACCUGAUCGCCGUCGCCCACCCGGCUCAGUAUUUUGUGCAGACGGUCGUCAGCCUCGGUCAGCUGUACGGUGACGUGCUAUACUACGCCACAUUUUUCCACGAGGACCUGGUCCGCGGUAUAGAGUUCUCCCGGCCCGAGAGCUAUUAUUUCUACGGCUACAUGGUCCUGAUGAAUGCGUUUUGGAUCGUGAUUCCGGGGCUGCUCCUGGUGCAGUCGGGUGUUGCGACAGUGGAUGCUUUUGCCAGGGUUGGGAAGACGGCAAAGAGGGACUAAAGGAUGGUUGGUUGGACGCGUUAAAGGGAUUUGGGAUCAGAUACUUUGGGCAAGGAGCGCGUGGGCAUGGAGCGCGUAUGCAUGUAAUAUCUUGAUUGGGACAAGGACUUACCUCCGUUAAGGGGAUGGGACACUCCUUAUACGGGGAGUUAAAUAAUCUGGUAUUAGAGAUAUGGAUGUUAAUUGUAGCUAAUCCAAAUCCGACCAGUCUUUUUGCUAUGUAUAUACAUACCUC